UCCCAUUUUACUGUUUAAACGACAUUUAAUAGUAUAUUUCAUAGUUUUACUGAUAUUUCCUUUUUGGUCUUAUGACGUCAUUAUUGCCCACACAUUGCAUAUGUAGUAUUUUUCUUUUGUGAGUCAUUUCAUCCUUGAUUAGGCGCGCAUUAUUGGCAUGACCCCGUUACGAGAAGAUUUCAAUUUUUGUCGAUUUUUAUAUAUUUUAGGCAACUGUAGAAGUGGUUCUGCGUUGUACAGUUCCAUUAUGUCUGUUUUCUUCUAGCUCAAUUGCUUUGUUUUGUCAGCAUAUCAAUAACCACUUCAAGGAUAAAUCUGAGAACUGCAACUUAUUUCUCUGUCCGCGUUGUACACAAGGGUUCACAACUGGACGUUACUGGCUGAGACAUUAUGAGAGAACCCAUGCUGUCAAGCAAAGUACGUCACAGUCGCACAAAGAGAAAGGAAGGCAAAGUCUGGAGGAGUCACCUUCAAUCAGUACUCAUUGUCAGGAAGAAGCUGAGGUUGAGACUGAGGCCUGGUGCUUGGAUGAUCAGGGUGAGAAAGGCUCUACAGCAAAAACUGAAGACAGUAGCCGGGAGAAAAUAGCACGUUUCUUGCUUCGAUUGCAAUGUGAGCAUGGGAUGUCACGGGCUGCAACAUCUUUCGUGGCUAGUGAGAUAGGAGAAAUCGUCGACACCGCUCUUAAGGAGCAGAAUGAGAGCAGAGCAUCAAAGUCGUCUUCAGUUAAGCAGGCUUGUGAAGAGUUUGCAAGCGAGUAUAAAUUGAGCAAAUUCUGCCAUGAGGAGCUCUGCUACAUUGCACCUACGACUCAGAUCCUUACCACAGGGGGUGGUGAAUUCCAAUCCAGCUAUCAGUAUGUGGAUGUCAAGAAACAGCUGACAAGUCUCUUGGAAAAUGGCAGGCUGGAAAACUGCAAACGGGACAGAUUGGUCAAGCUUGUGCUCUACUUUGAUGAAUUUGGUGUGUGUAACCCUCUGCGGAAGAAAGCAUCUGAUUAUAGUCUGGGUGGUUGCUAUUUUGCGGUCGAUGAGGGCUUGUCAAUGUCGGUGCUGAGUGACAUUCAUCUCCUCCUACUAUGUCCUACAAAGCUCAUCAAGCUUCAUGGUUUGAACACAGUCAUGAAGCCUGUGACAGAUUCCCUGUGUGACCUCUUGAACAAUGGCCUGGAUACUUGUGGCACUCAUUUUGAUAUCAAAGUGGAGUUUGUGUGUGGUGACAACCUGGGAGUGCAUAAGAUGGCGGGCUUCCAGGAAUCAUUUUCGUCAGGGCAGCGACCAUGCCGAACAUGCCACGCCACAAAUGAGGACUUUGGUACAAAGCUCACAGAGCAAGAGCUGACCCUUCGUACUGAGGAGGAGUACCAAGAAGAGCUGAACAUGUGUGAGAAUGGAGACAAUGAGGAAUCACGAAAAGCAUUUGGUAUCAACUCAAAAUGUGUGUUUGAUGAGCUGAAAGACUUUAAGGUCACAGAGAUGUUUCCACCAGAUAUCGCGCACGAUCUGUUUGAAAGUGGCGUAGUCAAUCAUUCCUUGGCUCUGGUGCUAUCAUACCUGAUUUUUCAAAUCAAACUCUUCACAUUCGCCUCAGUUCAAAAGGCUAUGAAAUCCUUCUCAUAUGCGAGAGUCGACAAAGCGAACACUCCUCCCAUGCUUCAAGCAAAGGGGCGCAAAGUGCUCGUCAAAGGCACUUUCAGUCAGUGCUGGACUUUCCUCCGAGUUCUCCCUUUCAUGAUCGGUCCACUGGUCCCACCAGAUCAAAAGGCGUGGCUUCUUGUGACCGGUUUGCUUUCUCUUGUACAACUCAUUUGUGCUCCACGUAUGGACGGUGAAAUUCUUGCAAGAAUGCAACCUUCAGUAGAGCAGUGGCUGCGUGAGUUCUGUGGAAUGUUCCCGGACUUCAAAAUCAAGCCGAAGUUCCACUACUUAUUACAUUACCGGCACUGGGCAGCACAAAUUGGUUCCUUGAGGAAAGCUUGGACUAUGCGUUUUGAAGCUAAACACCAGCAGUUCAAGAUCUACGCAUCUCGAGCACACAACACCAAGAACAUUUGUAAAACCCUGGCAGUGCGACAUCAAGAAGCGGUAGCUGCAUGCGAAGGAAAGCAAAAGAAGAUGAUGGGGAAGAAAUGCAAGCCAUGCCUAGUUACAGGUGCAUUCGGAUGGGAGGUGGAUGACCGAGCUACGUACACCAAGAUGGCAGUGCUUGCGGGACAGAAGUACUGCGUCGAUGAUGUGCUGAUCGUGAGAAACCCGGCUGCUUCAAGCUCAGAGAGCUGUGAUCUUCUUCGCGUAGCAUAUUUUCAGUUUGAUGCAGUAAACCAUGUCAAAAUCAUCGGUGACGUCUUGAGGGCGCUUUCGUUUGAUGAGCACUAUAUGGCAUACCGUGUGACUAAGGGCGAGAUGAUGAUGAUCCCUUCUGCUUGGAUUUUUGACCCCACUCCGCUGGCUACUUAUUCAGUGCAGACCGCAAAAUACGUGCCCCUCAGGUACCAGAUACCAGGUCUCCGAAUCACCUCUGAAAGCGGUCAACGAUGAAGGCGCUAGUAAACCAUCGAAGUGCUGCGCGCGUCUUCGAAUUCGAGUCUGUCCUGGACCUUGUUCAAAAGGUUCGAGCGUUCUUCGGUCUGCAGGGUGGCGAGUGGGAUCUGGAGAUCUAUGAUGACGACUGGUCCUCGUGGGUCCUGCUGAAUGAGGAAGAUGCGAUAACUGGUGUUCGGCCUCGCAUCAGGACCGUCAUGCGUGGCGAUCUGGUUGUUCUUGAAAGCACUGGGACGACAUCCACUUCGUCAGUGGUGGUUUCGCAGCUGGAUGCACCGGAGCCUCCAACGUCGCCCGAACUCCGUCGAUCAGGGGAAGACGCAGAGAUCCGGCCGAAGUCGGGAAGCGACGCUCUGGCCGAAUCUCAACAAACCGCAGGAGUGUCUCGGAUGGAUACUAUGGAAGUCCUGGAUGCCAUGGAAGUGAUCCGGUUUGACGACAGCCAGCUGAGACCUGGACUCCUCGAAAAGCUUCGAAGCAAAAAGCCCGGCUCACCUCUGACCAGGACGGAGUGGAGCGAAGUGACGACAGUCAUCGUGACGUUCGAGAAAGCUUGUAACAGCGUCCUGAACCUUACUCAUGCUCGGUACAUGGAGCUGGCUGACCGCGCCCUUGUUCAAUGGCCGGCGCUGCACUUUGGGUGCAGCCCGAAACAGGCACUGUCGCAGGUCAAAGCAAAAAUACAAUGGCGCGUAAGGAAUGAGAAGCGACGAGACGACGGAAGUGAUGCCGAACUCCAAGCGUCAUCAAAGAGGUUGUCACGCGGAAAAACAUUCAAGGGAUCGCGAUAUGAAGGAUUCGAAGGCUACAAGGAGUACCUUCCGCCUAUGCCGGAGAAGACGUUCAGCAUCUGAGAAACCGCCUCUUGAAGCAUCUACACGAGGCUAACCUGACGAGCGAAGGCAAAGCUGAGCGAGAGGCCCUGAUCAACUCGACGUUCGCAGACAGGCGCAGGCAUGUGGUGACGCUCCGCACCAGCAUGCGCAAGCUUUUGGAGCUGUAUCCAAUCUUGCGGAACCCAGACGAAAUCUGGCGUGAGCUGGCCAAACUGGAGGGGGAGACGGAGUCGUCUAAGCUUGGUGACUACAGGCGCCGCCUGAGCGACUUUCUCACCGCCAUCCAACUGAUCACAGAAUGUCAAGACACCGACUGCGUCGAGUCUCUCCUCUACUACCUAGACGCGAACCCCGAGGACAUCUUUGAGGGAUCAGGAAGCGCGCCGCACUACCAGGUCAACGACGACGGGUCCAUCGGCCUUUUCGUCGAGGGGGUCUGCUUGACAAGGUCGGUGGACCGGAGCAGCAAGGCUGAUCUCCUGCUUCUGUGGGCAGCGAUUUUCCCAGUGUUCAACCAGAAGUGCCCCGUGUCUAAGGCUAAGAACGCUCUGAUAUUUAUCACGGUGAACAUCUUUGAAAAGGGGGGCAACCAAACUCUUUCCAACCGUGUCCUGGGACGAGUCCAGCGUCUCAAGCAGCUCUGUGCGUAGCUCUGUGAGUAGCUUAGAACGGAACCUGAGAACGGAACGCCUUUGCCGCUCGGCUGUUAACACUUUCAAACCGUGUGACACGUCCAGCGUCUCGAGCAGCUCUGUGAGUAGCUGAGCACAGAACUUGAUAACGGAAUGCUUUUCCGCUCGGCAGUUAACCCUUCGAACCGCGCCCUGGGACAUGUCCAGAGUCUCAAGCAUCUCUGUGCGUAGCUCUGUGCCUAUAGCUUAGAACGUAACUUUAGAACGGAGCGCCUUUGCCGCUCGGCAGUUUCCUACAGAAGAUUACUUUUUUAGGUUCAUUUUUAGUACAAUAAGAGAAAUAUUACUGUUUGCAGUUGUAAGCUUGCUGAAAGGAGCUUGAAUGCAGUUUUGAAUAAACAUGUUUGAUGAGUUUA